CUCGUACACUUGCCAUUCUUUGAUUGGUUAUUUCAUCAAAAUCCUAAAUUUUAUUUUCCUUUCCUAGGAUUCAAACAACCUAAAGUGACGUUAGGAACACGAACCUAAGUAAAGCACAUAUCAUUUUCACUUCUGCAACUGCUUGGAAGCCUCAUGGAUUCUGAUUCUAAUUUCCACAUCUAUAUAUACAUAUAACCAGAUGACAUUAUUCCUUACCAGUUAGCACAUUCAAUUCAAGCAAAAAACUUUCUUUAAUGCAAGAGCAAACCAGUAGCCAAAGCGGUACCCCAUCUAUCUAUAGAGGGGUACGUAAGCGAAAAUGGGGGAAAUGGGUAUCGGAGAUCCGUGAGCCAGGGAAAAAAACCAGAAUAUGGUUAGGGAGUUUCGAAACGCCAGAAAUGGCAGCAGCAGCUUAUGAUGUAGCGGCUUUGCAUUUCAGAGGACGUGAAGCUAAGCUUAAUUUUCCUGAGUUGGUUAAUGAGCUUCCAAAGCCUAUAAGCUCUAAUGGAGAUGAUAUUCGCAUGGCGGCCCAUGAGGCUGCUAUUCGUCUUAGGCCGCCUGAGCGAGAGGGUGGCAGUGGCGGUAGUAGUGGUGGUAGUAAUAGUAAUAGUGGCGGCUCUAGCUCGACCAAUGUUGUCGGUCCGGUGACAGUUAGACUCUCGCAGAGUCAAAUUCAGGCUAUUAACGAGUCUCCUUUGGAUUCACCGAAGAUGUGGAUGCAAAUGGCAAUGGCAGAAGAGGCUAUGAUGUUCUGCAAUGAUUUUGAGGACGAUGAAUGGGAUAAUAUGCAAAAUGAUUCACUUUGGGAUCCUUAGGUAAUAGAAUAUUCCUAUAUAACACUAAUUACUAAUAUAAUAUUUACGUUGUUUUCUUUUUUUUUAUAUUUAUUUUAUACUAAUAAUUUGUUAACCAAAGUCCUAAAUAUAGAUUUGUUGUUUUGUUAUAUUGUGCCUAAUGACAAAAAUAAAAUGUUUAAACUUUA